CUCAUAUCACAUUGUUGUUAAUUUGACUCAAAAACCAAAUAGAAAGAGAAGAAGCGUCGGGGAUGGAAGUGGAGGUUCAAAAUCAUCGUCAAGUGAAGAAAUUUGGGCUGAAGAACUCUAUUCAGACCAACUUCGGCUCUGACUACGUCUUCCAGAUUGUCCCAAAGUUCGAUUGGACAGCUAUUGCGGUUUCGUUAUCUACCAACACCGUCAAGCUCUACUCCCCUGUCACUGGUCAGUACUACGGCGAAUGCAAAGGUCACUCCGAUACCGUCAAUCAAAUUGCGUUUUCCUCUGACUCGGCCGCUUCUCCUCACCUUUUGCACUCCUGUUCCUCCGAUGGGACCAUUCGAUCUUGGGAUACGCGAAGUUUUCAACAGGUUUCGUGCAUUGAUACUGGGAAUGAUCAGGAGAUUUUCAGCUUCUCCUAUGGUGGUGCUUCAGAUCAUCUUUUGGCUGGUGGAUGCAAAGAGCAGGUUCUUCUGUGGGAUUGGAGAAACUCGAAGCAAGUCGCUUGUUUAGAGGAAUCUCACAGAGACGACGUCACUCAGGUACACUUUGUUCCUAACAACCCAAACAAGCUUCUCUCAGCUUCCGUGGAUGGAUUGAUAUGUCUUUUUAACACUGAAGGUGAUAUCAAUGACGAUGACCAUCUCGAAUCUGUGAUCAACAUAGGAACUUCAAUUGGCAAAAUAGGUUUCCUUGGGGAUUGCUAUAAAAAGCUCUGGUGUCUCACUCAUAUAGAAACUCUUAGUGUUUGGAAUUGGCAAGAUGGAAGCUGUGAAAUCAACCUAGAGAAAGCUCGGGAACUCGCAUCUGAUAGCUGGACACAAGAUAAUGUUGAUUAUUUUGUUGAUUGCCAUUGUCCAGGGGGUGACGACUUGUGGGUGAUCGGUGGAACCUGCGCAGGAACCAUUGGUUAUUUUCCGGUGAAUUGUGAAGGGCCUGGAUCAGUCGGUUCUGCUGAAGCCAUUCUUGGUGGAGGACACAUCGAUGUAGUAAGGAGUGUUCUGCGAAUGCCAUGUGAGUAUGGAGGAGCUGCAGGGUUAUUUGGAUGGACAGGUGGUGAAGACGGGCGGCUAUGUUGCUGGAAGUCCGACGAGAAUUCUACCGACAUUAACCGGUCUUGGACUUCAAGUGAAUUGGUCGUUAAGCCUCCAAGAAACCGCAAGAAAAACAGACACUCUCCUUACUAAAAAAACGACAGCUGUUUUUACUGCGUCUUGUGUCUGUAUAACAACAGUGAAGAGGGCAGUUCCUUUAUGUCUCUUUCUCUUUUUACUUAAAAAAAGGCAAAUUGGUUUAAUGAAAUAUCAAAGAAAAGAUUGCAUCUUGAAAUAGCAAAAAUUGCAGAAAGGAAAGAGAAAAACAGAGUACAUGUAAAUGCUUAAAGGAAUCUUUGGUUUCAUUAGUGCAAGUAGUCAGCUCGACA